AUGCCUUGGAAACUGUUUCAGGCUAAUCAGGGGCACAGGCGAUACUUGGCUUACAGGAAAGCCCGUGAUGAUGCUGCCAGGCCGCAAAAACAUCAAAGAACUGGGUAUGAAGUAGCGCUUGCAAGAAGUGUCAAAGCAUGUCCUAAAGCUUACUUCAACUACGUGCAGUCUAAGGGCAAGCUCAGAGAGUCAGAAGGUAGUAUUGAACUCUCCCCGGGCACAUUGGCCAUAACCGCUGGCGAAAAGGCCGAGGGCCUACUAAGCUACUACUACACCAACCGGACACUGCCCCCACGCCUUGUACAGGAAAUGCCUCAACUGUAUAUCACCAGUGUUGAGGUAACCGUAGAACCCAUAAACCUCAACAAACACAGAGCGGCUUGUCCAGACGGGCUACACCCAGCGAUCAUCCAACCCCUGGCGGACAUCCUGGCACCACCUGUUGCGGUACUCUUUAACCUCAGCCUUAAUCAGGCUGUUAUUCCAAACGAAUGGAAAAUGGCCGAGGUUAUGCCAGUUUUUAAAGCCGGAAGAUGGGAGAUAUCCGGAAAUUACCGACCGGGCUUGCCUGGCAGUGCCUAA